AUGUGUCCGCAGGGAGGCUCGCACCAGUGUGAUGCACAGAGGCCUGGAAGCCAGGUGUGGAGACAAGAGGAACCCAGGGCCAAGAAACAGGGUGGGGUGGUGGGUGAAGCCUUGGACCGCGAGUCAGCCUGGUUGCAUGACCUUAGGCAGGCCACAUCUAGCUCCACAGUGCAGUCGACAGCCCAGCAGGCAGAAGCUCAGCGGGGCUCAGCAACGCUGCAGCUGCCCUUCCCACUCUCCUGGAGCCGGAAAUUCAGAGCCGAGACUUCCAACAGCAAUGCUCUGCUGCCUUCUGGUGGCAGCUUCUGCUCUCUGCGGCUACCUCGGAACUUGAUCCUGCAGCGGAACCCACUGGCUCCGGCUCUGAGACAGGAUCCGAGGCUCCCCGAGCAAGCUAAGCCCCUCUCCUUCUCCUCUCUCACCCCAGCCUUCUGGAGCACAAGGGGACCUAGUUUCGGCGGAGCGACGCUGAGCUGGAGAAAUGGGCCUUGCCCUGGCACCGAGGCUCCGCCGAGUGCCUCCGCCAGGUCAGUGACAUAUGCAAGUGCGCUGACAGCCCCACGCACGCUGGGCAUCCCUGAGAGGGAGGUGCGCUAA